CCUAAAGCAAAGGCUUGGUUGGGUAAGUGCUUUGGAAUUUCGACCAAAAAGAAGAAGAAAAAUGUUUUUCCAUAUAGUCUUGGAGAGGAACAUGCAGCUUCAUCCUCGCCACUUUGGCCGCAAUCUCCGGGAAAAUCUGGUGGCCAAGCUCAUGAAGGAUGUUGAAGGAACUUGCAGUGGCCAACAUGGGUUUGUGGUUGCCAUAACAGGAAUUGAGAACAUUGGGAAAGGGCUAAUUCGGGAUGGUACAGGGUUUGUUUCAUUCCCAGUCAAGUAUCAGUGUGUUGUGUUCAGACCAUUUAAAGGAGAGAUCUUAGAAGCUGUGGUUACAAUGGUGAACAAGAUGGGUUUUUUUGCUGAGGCUGGGCCGGUACAAAUCUUUGUUUCCAACCAUUUGAUACCGGACGACAUGGAGUUUCAGUCUGGUGAUAUGCCAAACUAUACAACAUCAGAUGGAUCUGUUAAGAUUCAGAAAGAUAGCGAAGUGCGGUUGAAGAUAAUUGGAACCCGAGUAGAUGCCACUGAAAUUUUCUGCAUUGGUACCAUCAAAGAUGAUUUCUUGGGUGUCAUUAAUGAUCCCGCGAGUGUGUAGGAAAUGCAUACCCAGAGAUAACAGUAGAGAAGAGUAAUGGAGUCACUUUGUCCAGGUUCAAACACCAUGUAAACCUUGUGGGUUCUAGGAUUUAUAGACCUGCAAAUGUAAUGCAGUGAAUGAUCACCAUGAGGAACUUUUUAAGUGUGAGAGUUAGCAAGCAAAUGCAUUGACUUUAAGUCUAGUUUGUUUUUGUUGAACUCUAUUGGAUAGUCAUUGUAAUGAUGAUGAUUGGUUACCUCUUGAACAUUUAGCUCUCUCUUUUUUUUCUGGGUAAAGGGGUUUGGACUCCAUUUAGCUAAAAUUUGAUGAAUUGGGAAAUUUUGGUAGAGACAAAGUCUCAUCAAAGGAUUGUGUGGUAGAUUUUGGUAGUCUUACUUAAAAGUAAAUG